GUACACCUGCGCUCUGCUGAGCGCCUCCGGGAGCUGUGCUGCGCCAACCGAGGCACCUUCAUCAAGGUGGGACAACACCUGGGGGCACUGGACUACCUGCUGCCCGAGGAGUACACCCGCACCCUCAAAGUGCUGCACAGCCAGGCCCCGCAGAGCACCAGGCAAGAGAUCGAGCAAGUUAUCCGUGAGGAUCUGGGCAAAGAGAUAAAAGAGCUCUUCCUGAGUUUUGAGGACACUCCCUUGGGAGCAGCAUCGCUGGCCCAGGUGCACAAGGCAGUGCUGCAGGAUGGGAGAACGGUGGCAGUGAAAAUCCAGCACCCAAAGGUCCAAGCUCAGAGCUCCAAGGAUAUUUUGCUUAUGGAGGUUCUCCUCUUGGUUGUGAAGCAGAUCUUUCCAGAUUUUGAGUUCAUGUGGCUGGUGGAAGAAGCUAAGAAGAAUCUGCCCUUAGAGCUGAAUUUCCUCAAUGAAGGCAGAAAUGCUGAGAAGGUUGCCCAUAUGCUCAAGAAUUUUGACUUCCUGAAGGUCCCCAGGAUCUACUGGGAGCUCUCAACAAGACGUGUCCUUCUCAUGGAGUUUAUGGAAGGGGGACAGGUGAACGACAGGGCCUACAUGGAGAGGAAUGGCAUCAAUGUCAAUGAGAUCUCUCGCAACCUGGGGAAGCUCUACAGUGAAAUGAUCUUUGUGAAUGGUUUUGUGCACUGUGACCCACACCCAGGCAACGUCCUAGUGAAGAAAUGUCCAGUCUCUGGCAAGGCCCACAUCAUCCUCCUGGACCAUGGGCUUUACCAGGUGCUGAGUGAGUCAUUCCGCAUGGACUAUUGCCGCCUUUGGCAGGCCCUCAUCAAGGCUGACAUGAAGCGGGUGCAGAAGUACAGCCGGCGGCUCGGGGCAGGGGACCUGUACCCUCUCUUCGCCUGCAUGCUGACUGCCAGGUCCUGGGAGUCUGUCAACAGGGGCAUUGACCGCUCGCCAGUCACGGCCAGCGAGGAUGUGGAGAUCCGGUCCAAUGCCGCUGCUUACCUACCCCAGAUCACCCAGCUCCUCAACAACGUCCCCCGGCAGAUGCUGCUGCUGCUGAAGACCAAUGACUUGUUGCGGGGCAUUGAGUCAGCCCUGCAGACACGAGCCAGUGCCAGCUCCUUCCUCAACAUGUCUCGCUGCUGCAUCAGAGCCGUUUCCACGUACCAGAGGAGCAAGAGUCACUCACUUUACAGGAGGGCCCAGAUCUCACUCGCAGAAGCCCUGAGCCUGUGGCAGAUCAACUUGUAUGAACUCUUCCUGUGGCUGAAGGGGUCUCAGCUGGGGAAGCUGGUCAUUGCUCUCCUGAGCCAGAUGCACCAUUCCACGUACUGACAUGAACUGGUGGGAGAGGCCUGAGUGCUCCCGCCCUCCCUUCUGCUCUCCAUGGCACACUGUCUUUCUGACUGUUUCUGUCUAUUCCAUGG